AUCAGCUAUCAGCUUUCAAAGAAAUUAAAAUUUUUAGGGUUAAGUUGGUUUCUAUUUUUGUUCAAAUCGAGACUAUUUUUAUAAUUAUGCAGAUAAAAAGGUAGUACCCCGGAUAAAAAUGUCGCAGAUUAUGCUAAUUAUUGCCACAGCACAUUUGGUCUAUUGCCCUUUCACCAAAGUAGAGGAAAGUUUCAAUUUACAGGCCAUUCACGACAUUUUGUACCACAAACUGAACCUCACUCAGUACGAUCACAAUGAAUUCCCUGGAGUUGUGCCUCGAACUUUUAUAGGACCUCUCUUUAUUGCACUAUUAGCAUCACCUGUUGUUGCAGUCUUACAAUUUCUAGAAAUCAACAAAUUUUGGGCCCAGUAUUUAGUUAGGACCAUAUUGGCAACAAGUGUGGUGGCAAGUUUCAGCAUAUUGAGCAAAACCUUAGAGAAACAGUUCGGUACGAGAUGGUUGCAGUGGUUUAUUGCAAUAACUGUGACUCAAAGUCACUUCAUGUUUUAUUUGAGUCGUCCAUUGCCAAAUAUUUUCGCACUGCCUUUAGUUCUUCUAGCUCUGAAUGGUUGGAUGAACAACAAUGCUAAAAGUUUCAUUUUAUUUUCCGGUGCUGCCAUCAUAAUUUUCAGAGCCGAGCUCGCCUUAUUUCUUGGAAUACUUUUGCUCUACGACCUAUAUUACAAGAGGAUAACAGUAAAACGAUUGUUAGAGGUUGCCGUUCCCGGCGGAAUAGUUCUUUUGCUACUGACAAUCGUCAUUGAUUCCUUUUUUUGGAAUCGACUUCUAUGGCCUGAAGGAGAAGUACUGUGGUACAACACAGUGCUCAACAAGAGUUCUAAUUGGGGAACUUCACCGUUUUUAUGGUAUUUUUAUUCGGCUAUACCAAGGGGCAUGGCCGCCUCUUUUUUCCUCGUGCCUGUAGGGUUCUACUUGGAUGAAAGGGUACGAAAAUUAACUGUUCCUGCUCUGUUGUUUGUUUUUAUAUAUUCCUUCCUACCACAUAAGGAAUUGCGAUUCAUUAUAUAUGUUUAUCCAUUUCUGAAUUGUGCUGCAGCUGCUGCUUGUCACCGAAUCUGGGAAAACAGAAACAAAACGCCAAUAUACCAUUUCCUGUCUUUAGGCGUGGCAGGUCAUCUCGCUCUCAAUGCAAUGUUCACCUUGUUCUUGCUAAGCAUAUCUAGUACUAAUUAUCCUGGUGGUACUGCCAUUUCCCAUCUGCACCGACUCGCGAAAGCCGAAACUGGCGUUCGAGUCCACAUAUCGAAUCUUGCCGCCCAGACUGGAGUGUCGAGAUUUACACAGAUCAAUAGCAACUGGACUUACUGCAAGAAAGAGAAUCUACAUCCAGGGGACUAUGAACUGUAUCGAUAUACACAUCUCAUCACUGAGGCGAAGAGUAAGUUUUCAAAUGCCCUUAAACCCUAUUCCUCCACACAUGACAUCAUAGAUACGGUUGAAGCUUUCCAUCAGAUCUCGUUCAACUAUUUGACCAUUCCUCCGGUCAAAAUAAAGACGAAACCCGUCUUGUUCAUUCUGAGAAGGCGGUCGAAUUACAAGCAGAUUUUGCAGUUGGAGGAAGAGAGUUUGGAAGACAACCGGGAGAAAAUCGGGGACCAAGUUGGAAUACCAGAAACACCGAAGAAGAGCGCUGAUUACAGUGAAAAAAGCUCUGAGGAGAUAGAAGAAAUUAGGGGAGAAUUUGUUACAGAUGGCCAAACUAGUGAUUUAACUUUAGAGGAUGAAUUUGAGGAACAGAGAGGAAUACAGAAAGAUGAUGAUGAGGAUGUAGGUGUACAAGCAAAGUCUGACUCCGUCGAUAUCGAAAAAUCCAUCAAAGCUGUUCCCGAAGAUUCUGCAAGUGACCAGAAUACAGAGGCAAAAUUCAUUCAUAAGUCUGUGGAACCCUCUGUAGACAAAAAAAUUAUCAAAACAGUUCCAAGAAGUAAACCACUUUCAUUUGAAAGCGAAAUAGUAAAAGAAAAGUUUCACCAUGAAGUUGAGGAUGAAUCUAAUGGAAAAAUUUUGAAAGUUGCUCCAAAAGUUAAAAACUUCAAGAUAGAGGAGAGCUCAAAGAGAACAAAUACUGAUGAAAAUGAGCAUAUUCCUGAAGAGACUGACGAAACUGAAAACCUACUGAAAAAAUUGCCAAAAUUCAAAUAUUUGAAAAAAGAUACCAUCAACACAGCAGCAGUCGUUGAUGAAAAAACUGAAGACACUGUUAUAAAGAAAGAUGCCCCGAAAAUGACAAAAAUCAAAUAUGUUCCCAAUGUUUUGAAUGAAGAUGGCGAGAAAUUUGUUAAAAGAGAAACUCUCCAAGGAGCAGAGAUUGAUUCUGGUGUUGCAGAGUUGAAAAAAGCGAAAAUUAUGGAUAGAAGCCCUAGAAAAAUCUCUGGUCAGACUGAAUUCUUUGAAUCUCCACUCCAUGGUGUGGAACAAAGCAAAGAAAAUGAUGAAAGACCUGAAUCCAUUAUUGAAAAUAUUGUAAACAAAAAGCUCGUUGCCGAGAAAAAAGUUCAUCAAGAGAGUAAAAGUACAGAAGCAAUUAGAGAAGAAACCGUCGAGAAAGAACCGCCAAAAGCGGCUAGAGAUGUUUUGAAAAGAGAAGCAAUAGAUAAAAUCAAACAACUCAAAAAGGGCAGAGAACCAAACGAAAAAACUCUGGAACCUAAAGAGAAAUCAACAAUCAUCACUGAAACACAAGAUGAUGAUGCUCAAGUGAAGGACAUCAACAAAACAGAGAGCUCCGAAAAUAAAUACCACGUGAAAAAGAACAUCAGAAAAAUCAUACAGAGAUACAAGAGAAAGAAAUUCGAUGAUGAAUUGAACAACCAAACAAAACCAAAGGAGGUUAGUCAUGCGAAAGACACCAUCAGAAAAAUCAUCGAGGAAGAACGCAAGAAGCGAGAAGAAGAAGAAAUUUUCAAGAUCCAGCAACAGAUCAUGGAGAUCAUAGAAAGCAAUCCGAAAAUAAUGAAUAAGGAGCUGAUCAAGUCCAAAUUGCAGGAUACUAUUAUGAACGAAUUGGCGAAUGCUAUUGAUCCCAACAUUCUUGAGGAUGAGGGUCAUGUAGAGGUGCAAAGGGAUUUGGAAGUUGUUGAACCAACGAGGAAAUUCGAUGGUGUGCCACAGAAGCUUUGGAAGGUGAUUCCGGAAAAGACACACUAUAAAGAGCCUUUCAAAUUUAUAAUUACUGAGGAAAUAUCUGAACUAACAGAGAGCUUAGGGAAUAGUGACGAAGAUUUUGAGACAGGAGAACAAGAGGACGUCUCAGAUAGAAUAGAAGACUAUUCGGAAUAUAUUCCUUCUGAAAUUCGCGGGGAAGAAACUGAUGACAACAGUCUAGAAGAAGAAAAAAUUGAGUUCGUUAAAAGGUUCAAGAAGGCUAACGAGAAGUUGGACAAUAUAAUGUCUAUUAUCGAUGAAAUUGUUGAUACAAUAGAAAUAACAGACGAAGAUUCGGAAGAAGAAAUGUUGGGUUGAUGUUUCAUGUGGUACGGUUGUUGAGUUUUUUUUUCAAUAAAUGUUGUGUUUUGAUUA